CGUUGCUAGGAUCCACUGUUGCUAGGUUAAAAUGUCAGAGUUGCACCAAGCUGCAGCAGCAGGCAACUAUGAUCAAGUUGAGGAGCUUCUGAGGGAAAAUAAGUGCAAUCCCAACCAGAAAGACAUCGACUGGUACAGCAAGACACCUCUCCACUGGGCAGCGGCUAAAGGACACACAGAAAUGGUGAGGAUACUUGUAAAGCAUGGAGCCAGACCGUGCCUGAGGACAGAGUAUGGGUGGACCCCUGCCCAUUUUGCUGCAGAGUCUGGUCGGCUGGCAGUGCUGCGGUUGCUGCACUCACUCCAUGCACCUAUUGAUAAGGAGGACUGCUGUGGAGACAAGCCAGCGCGUAUAGCCGAGAUAUACGGACACCAAGACUGUGUUAGAUUCCUUAAAAAAGCAGAGAUAGAGUGCGAGGUUUAUCGCAAGCUAGCAGCCCGAGAAGGGGUUUCAGUGGAUGACACAGAUGAGGAGUGGGCAGAACGGGACAAAGAAAACUUAAAAGCUGAAGCAAGAUGUGAGCCCAAAUCACAUUUACAGAAAUAAAAUCCUCACGCAGGUUUUCUUCUAUCCUUUCAGCUGAGUUUUCCUUCAGCUCUUUACUGCUAAGUGCUAUUUAAAACAUGGAAUGUACAGCAUUAUUAAAUCACAUUUCAUAUUAAUAUGUAUAUUGAACAAAGAAAGACAGAUAUGUACGUAAUAAUUAUUAAAACUUCUGACUUGUAUUACUGCAAGUAAACCAAAAUAAACAACAAAGAAACAGUCACAUCAAAGAG